GUGGGUGCAGGCCUGGUUGGUCUCUAAAGUGACUGAACAAUGCAGAAGGACAGUGGCCCCCUGGUGCCUUUACAUUAUCUCGGCUUCGGUUAUGCAGCCCUGGUUGCUACUGGUGGGAUUAUUGGCUAUGCUGGACUCUUCUUUGGGAGCCUAGCAGGCCUUGGUGCUUACCAGCUGUCCCAGGAUCCCAGGAACGUGUGGGUUUUCCUAGCUACAUCUGGGACCUUGGCUGGCAUCAUGGGGAUGAGAUUCUACAACUCUGGGAAAUUUAUGCCUGCGGGUUUAAUUGUGGGUGCCAGUUUGUUGAUCAUUGCCAAGCUUGGAAUUAGUGUGCUGAGUUCUCCCCAUCCAUAG